UCUCGUUUCCCUGGUCAAGAGAGCUUGUCUUUAGCAGAACUGUGAGCGAUGAUGGCUGGAUCCAUCGCCACCAUUCCUACCUCAUCCGCGCCCGCUUAAUAGCCUCAGCGAUGCAAUCCUCCUUCCUCCUCUCAACCCCCAUCCCGAAUUCGAAUUCCCCGCCAUCUCCCCCCCUCCACUUCCCGCCACCGAGCACCCGGACCUUCUCCUUCCCCACCAGAAUCGCUCUCUUCGCCGUCAGUGGUCGAAUGAGGAGGCACCUCUCCUCCCUGAGGGCCAAACCGGAGAUCGGUACAUCGGGUGGCGGGGGCCACCGGACCCUCUUGGAGUACGCCGGGAAGGGAGGGGCUGACGUGGGCGACGACCUCGCCGUCCUCCUUGCCCACAUCCAGCACGCCUGCAAGCGGAUCGCCGCCGUGGUCGCUUCUCCCUUCAAUUCCGAGCUCGGCCGGCAGGGCAGCGGCGGCGGUGGAGAUGGGUCGUCGUCUUCGGGGAGGGACGCUCCCAAGCCUCUCGAUAUAGUUUCGAAUGACAUUAUAUUCUCGUCACUCCGAAGCUCUGGAAAAGUUGCAGUUAUGGCAUCGGAAGAAGAUGAAGUUCCCAUUUGGAUAACUGAUGAUGGCCCAUUUAUCGUUGUUACUGAUCCUCUAGAUGGUUCCCGAAAUAUUGAUGUCUCCAUUCCAACUGGAACCAUUUUUGGGAUAUAUAAUAGGCUUGUAGAAUUAGACCAUCUGCCUGUGGAAGAGAAGGCACAGCUCAAUUCUCUUCAAAGUGGUACUCGGCUUGUUGCUGCUGGUUAUGUGUUAUAUUCAUCUGCUACAGUAUUAUGCAUUAGCUUUGGCUCAGGAACUCAUGCAUUCACCUUGGAUCACUCAACUGGAGAAUUUGUUCUUACACAUCCCAGCAUACAAAUUCCUCGUCGGGGACAGAUAUAUUCUGUAAAUGACGCACGAUACUUCGACUGGCCAGAUGGUUUAAGGCAAUAUAUCGAUGCUGUCAGACAAGGUAAGGGACAGUUCCCUAAGAAGUAUUCGGCUCGCUAUGUCUGUUCGCUGGUUGCUGAUUUUCACCGGACUCUUAUUUAUGGUGGGGUGGUAAUGAAUCCAAGAGAUCACCUUCGCUUAGUUUAUGAAGCGAAUCCUCUUAGUUUCCUUGUGGAGCAUGCCGGAGGCAGAGGUUCUGAUGGUAAAUCUAGGAUUCUUUCAAUCCAGCCAGUUGAACUGCAUCAGAGGCUUCCCCUGUUUUUGGGAAGUCUGGAGGAUAUGCAAGAAUUAGAGAGUUAUGAUAAUAUCCAACAGAAGAUUAAUCCUGGAUAUGAAGUCUGAUGCUGAUAAAUCCACCGUGACCAUUACAAAUGAUGUGGUCUUUUGUUACAUGAGGUGGCUUGCUUACAUUUACUCUCUUCAGAAGAUUUUGCGUGCAAACUCCUAAAGUUUUGUGUAAAAGUUUCUGUAGUCUGCAAUUCAACAUUUGUUUCUUCAAUAUUCUGGAUUUUGUAGCUUUCCAGUUUAUGCAGAUGUAUGUUGUACAUGUCUGAUUAAAUUUUAUCCUCCUUGUGAUAAGUUUGUUUGGAAAAUUUUGAGUAGCUGUUUCUUAA